AACGUCACUGCAGGAAGGAACGUAAUUAAAACUCCGCCUCUUCCGCCCUCUUUUCGUUGAGGCUCAGCUAGCGGCCGGCCCACAAAGAUGCAGAUCUUCGUGAAGACGUUGACUGGGAAGACCAUCACCCUUGAGGUCGAGCCCAGUGACACUAUCGAAAAUGUCAAGGCAAAGAUCCAGGAUAAGGAAGGAAUUCCCCCUGAUCAGCAGCGUCUGAUCUUUGCUGGCAAACAGCUGGAGGAUGGACGCACACUGUCAGACUACAACAUCCAGAAAGAGUCCACCCUGCAUCUGGUCCUGCGUCUGCGCGGUGGCAUCAUUGAGCCUUCGCUCAGACAGCUGGCCCAGAAAUACAACUGCGACAAGAUGAUCUGCCGCAAGUGCUACGCCCGUCUGCACCCCCGUGCUGUCAACUGCCGCAAGAAGAAGUGUGGACACACAAACAACCUUCGCCCCAAGAAGAAGCUGAAGUAGACAGUUUGGACUGAAAACUUUUUUUUGGCUGAACAGGUUGUCAGUGCAAUCUGGUGUUAAAAUAAAUGUCUGAAAAAAUUA